UCAGAGUGGUAACAUCGACUAGCGAGUGGUUAAAUUCCAACGAAUUGUGGUUGUUUUGUGUGGAAAAAGAUGUUUUUUCCAUCCCAAUGAGAGACUGUCCUAGUUUAAGUGUUUCUGCGCGGAUAGGACACAUAAGUCCAGUGAAUAAGCCAUUGAUACGACGUCGUAUUCUGCUGGCUGCUGAUCGGCUUGAGUCCAGACUUCCCGAGCAAUCGCCAGUAUUGUUACUCAUCGACAAUGCAUGCGAUUUUAAGUUUGAAAAAGAAGAAGUCGAAGGACUUUUCUGUAAUGGUGAAGAGUCUUGGGCAGUCAUGGUUUGGUCUUUCACUGUCAUACCUGGGGCCCAGUUCAAAGGAAUGCCUCAACAGAUGAAUGCUGUGGACCUUCCUGGAAUGCCUGCUAUUGGACACUCAUCAUGUGUGUGCUGUGCUCAAAGCAGAGGUGUUUCUAUUCAGACUGCUGAUCUCCCACCUAAUCCAGAUUCAAGUGAAUCGGAGGACAGUGAACAAUGUUCGGGAGAUGAGGACGUGGAAUCGUCAGAGCUAUUCACACAGGUGCUUGCAGUGAAAGGGUCAACUUAUGAAGAGAGGUACCAGACCAACUUAAAAACUGUUCAGACCGCCCUAAGACAUCAAAAAGACAUCGUUGUCAAGUUGUUACCUGAGAAAGAAAAUCCUAAAGAUGCUAAUGCCAUAUGUGUUAUUGCACGUAUCGAGGAACAGUCUCUCCCACUCGGAUACAUAGGUGUACGAAAAAUUCCCAAAGUGACUUCUGCAAUCAGGAACAAAGAAAUUGUUUCCGUGUACGUGAAAUCCGUGACUUCCUGGUUUGUGAACAAUCUGAAUGCCAGAAAACUACGUGCCUUUGUUUACAUUUGUAAAAAAGGAAGGUGGCUACCAGACAGUGACAACAACGCAUACAACUCUAUUCUGUGAAAAAAUUAAAAGUGCGGGUUCAAUGUUUGACAAACA